AUGUUUCAAUGAAAUACAUACAAGUACAUACAGAUAUGUUUUAGCGGCAAACUUUCUCAACAUUUUUAUCUUCGUAUUUAUAGAUUAGCAUUUCCUGGCGGUACGUUUUUUGUUUGUCCUCUAACUUUAUUUCUUUCAACUUCACAUUCGUUUGAUUUUGUGCUCGACCAUUUUGUUCCCAUCCGGCCGUUCAUCUUAAACCAUCGACAACGAUUUUUAACAAUUUUAAAUUAUCGAUGUUCGCUCGUUGUCAGUAUGUGUAAGAUUUUGAAUUACAUUUUGCUGGCCGGUCUGGUCGGCUGCAGCACCGGCUUCCUCGAUUCCCUAUACAGCCAGCUGGAUGCGAAUUGCUCUGGCACCGAUAGUUUCGUAUGCAGAAACAGCAAAUGCGUACCGAAAGCCAAAAGAUGCGACGGACACGCAGACUGUCUAGAUUCAUCGGAUGAGGAGGAUUGCGAUCUAUUCUUCUGUAAAGAACCCAACUACUUUCGGUGCAAUAAUGGGAAAUGCAUUUUUCACAAUUUCGUGUGCGACGAUGAAAACGAUUGCGGCGAUUUCACGGACGAAGCCAACUGUGAAAACUUUAAGCUGUUGCAUAUGAAUCCCACGAAUUGUUCGAGCACGGAAUGGCAAUGCGCGGAUCGGCUGUGUAUUCCUACGGAAUUCGUCUGCAACGGGGAGAACGAUUGUCUUGAUGGUACAGACGAGACCAUCGGAUGCACGAUAAACUUAGAGUGUGAUGGAUUCAAGUGCAAGAACGGACAUUGCGUUCCGAAUGAGUGGAGAUGCGAUGGAGGAAACGAUUGCCACGAUAAUUCCGAUGAGGAGGAUUGCCAGAACCACAUACAUCCCAAAGAUUGUAAACUCGAUAAACGUCUGUUCUUGUGCGGCAACAAAAAGACUUGCAUCAAAGUGGAGAACGUCUGCGAUUCAACACCGCAUUGUCCGGAUAAGACGGACGAAGGAAACGCUUGCAAUGAUAAAAACUCCACUUGCGCUACUCACAAAUGCUCUCACGAUUGCGUUCAACUGCCGUCCGGUCCCAAAUGUCUUUGUCCCAGCGGAUACAACACUAUCGAUGAUAAAACUUGCCAAGACAUCAACGAGUGUGAAACUUAUGGAAUCUGCGAUCAGAAAUGCAAGAAUCUGCCUGGGUCGUACGAAUGCUACUGCGACAACAAGUAUAUCCUUCAAGAUGAUAUGCGUACGUGCAAAGUGGUGGGCGGUGAAGCGAUGAUGAUUUUCAGUUCGAAGACGGAAAUCCGCGGUUAUUUUCUCGAAUCCGAACUUCUAUUCCCAAUUGCGAAAGAUCUGAAGCAAGUCGUCGGUGUUUCUUAUGAUGGAAAUCAUGUUUACUGGACGGACAUCUUCUCGGAGCACGAGAAUCUCAUCAGGUCGCUGGAGGACGGAUCGCACAGAGAACUGUUGAUUACUUCAGGUUUGGGAUCGCCGGAGGAUUUGGCCGUCGAUUGGAUCACCGGAAACAUUUACUUUACUGAUUCCGAAAUGCAGCACAUCGGCGUGUGCCAUAACGAUGGCACCAAAUGCACCGUCCUCGUCAAUCAAGACAUUAACAAACCCAGGGCCAUAGUUCUUAAUCCUUUGGAAGGUGAAAUGUUUUGGUCUGAUUGGGGCAAGAAACCGAAGAUAGCCAAGUCGAAAAUGGAUGGAACCCAAGACAUCACCUUCGUGUCGAACAAUAUCGGAUGGCCCAACGGUCUGACCAUCGAUUAUCCGAACGAACGUCUUUAUUGGACGGACGCGAAAACGAUGACGCUCGAAAGCAUUCGAUUGGAUGGAACGGAUCGAAGGAUUGUAUUGGAGGAAAUCGUGAAGCAUCCUUACUCGAUCGCCGUCUUCGAGAAUCGCUUGUAUUGGUCGGAUUGGGGAUCGCGUUCGAUUCAAUCCUGCGAUAAAUUCAACGGAAAAGAACACCACACGCUCGUGAAGGAGAAGCGCGAAUACAUCUACGGCUUACACAUCUAUCAUUCCGCGCUGAAGCCACGAUCUUUUAAUCCGUGCGCGAUGUCCUUCUGCAGCGACAUAUGCUUAAUCAGCGGCCCAAAGUCUUAUAGUUGUGCUUGCAGUCAGGACAAGAUUCUCUCCUCAGAUAAGCACACUUGCAAGGAAGUUCUGAAGAAGCAAAUUUUGGUGGUCGGAGCUAAAGAUAUGCUCGUGCAGAUCGAGCAUCAGCUGUUGGGUAAACACGACAUCGCCGCUCUUCCAACUGUUGCAAAGGAAAUCGGCGCAUUGACUUACAGUCCAUUGAAUAACACUUUAUACGUAUCGGAUAUUGCAACCAGAAAGUUAAUCAGUGUUGAUUUGGGGAGCGGAAUGAGUGAAGUCCUUUUAUCUGAAUCGAUCGGAAGCAUAAAGUCUUUGGAUUACGAUUAUCUUGGAAACAAUUUGUUUUGGUGCGACACCGAACGCGAAACGAUUGAGGUUCUCAGCUUAAGAACUAAAGCGCGCAAAACUUUAGUGCAUGAUAUGGGUGGAGAAGUCGCUACUUCUUUAGCGCUGGUUCCGGAGGAAGGAGUGCUGUUCUUUGCCACUCAAAAUAAGAACGAGAGAACUGUGCAUAUCGAUCGAGUACGCAUGGAUGGAACAUCGAGGACACACAUCGCAGAAUCUGGUCUUUUGGGACCUGUAACCUUGCACUACGAUUCUGGUUUGCAUAGGGUUUUCUGGGCGGACAGCGGUACUGGAAAUGUAGAGAGUACAAGUGCUGAUGGUGAUGACCGACACGGCUUUCGUGCCUUACAAUCCGCUCCUGUUAGCAUCACAACUUUGAACAAAGAUCUGUUUUGGACGAACCACAACUCCAGGCGAGUGUAUUGGGCUCGGAAAGAUAACAUCGGUAAUGGUCUAAACAAGAAAAUUACUUUGGAUAUACCAGAGGGAAUCGAGAAUAUGCAUUUAGUCUCAGCAACUCCUUAUCCUAUCCCGCCGCAUCAUUGCCAAAAGAAUUGUUCGCACAUAUGUCUACCACUGCACAUGAGCUACAAAUGUGCGUGUCCUCUGGGAAUGUCUUUAUCUUCAGAUAACUCGACUUGCAUUAAGAUGCAAGAAUGUGGCCCUAACGAAUUCCAUUGUAUCAACGCGGAUAUUUGUAUCCCGAAGGAGCUGCGCUGCAACGGACGCAAAGAUUGUUUGCUCGGUGAAGACGAAGAGAGUUGCAUGUACACGAACACCUGUCCAUUCGGAUUUUUCCAAUGUAAAAACGGUCAGUGUAUCAACAAGAAUUUAGUCUGUGAUUUGCACUUUGAUUGUGGAGAUCGAUCUGAUGAAACCGAGUGCGCUGAUAAAACAACGAAGAUGUGCGAGGCAAAUUACUUUAAGUGUUCGAGCGAUAUUUGCAUACACGACAGGUUCGUUUGUGAUGGGAUCAAAGAUUGUAACGAUGGUGGCGAUGAAGUUGGUUGCGCUUCGAACACCUGUGCGUCCAAUCAAUUUCGAUGUCUUUCCGGAAUGUGUAUUCCGAAGAACUGGGAAUGCGAUUUCGAAGCGGAUUGCCCGGAUUUAUCCGAUGAGCAUAGCAAUUGCAAACAGAGAGGUUGCAAUGCAAAUCAAUUCACGUGCGACAACGGUCUCUGCAUUGAUGCACAGCUAAAGUGCAACGAUGUCGAUGAUUGCGCUGAUUUCUCGGAUGAGCGUGGUUGUGCGCUUAGAAGUGAACUGGAGUGUGGUCCAAAUGAAUUUCAGUGCACGAGCGAUACGUCUCUUUGCCUUCCGGACACCGCCAGAUGCAACGGUCUAUCUGAGUGUCCGCAUCAUGAGGAUGAGCAGGGUUGUUCCGAUUGUCACAUCGAUGAAUACGAGUGCGACAACAAGAAAUGCAUUGCUAAUUUCUGGAUCUGCGAUGGCACUGACGAUUGCGGUGAUGGUAGCGAUGAAAGCAUUUGCGCAAACAACACGAACAUCUCCAAAUUGAAUUCGAACGUGCCGUGUGAUCAUGGGUUCAGGUGUAAAAGUGGUGCUUGCAUCGAUCUUGCUCUCGUUUGUAACGGAGAAGAGAACUGCUACGAUGGAAGCGACGAGAAUGGAGCGUGCGCCAGUUCUUGCAACGGUAGAUCAAACCCUUGCGACCACCAAUGCAAGCCGACACCGAGCGGACCGAUGUGCGUGUGCAACGAAGGUUUCGAAUUGUCCGGAGAUGGAAGAAGUUGCAAGGAUAUCGCUGAAUGCAUGAGGGAACCGCCGAUCUGCAGUCAAAAGUGUACGGAGGAAGUCGGGAGUUACACGUGUUCCUGCUACGAAGGUUUCAUCAUCAGAAACGAUAAAGCCUCGUGCAAGAGUAUCGGAGAAUCUAUGAAGAUGAUCUUCAGUCUUCAGAAUGAGAUACGGCAAUUAUCGCAAGCGGAUAACUCGCUGACUAUUUUGCACUCUGAAGACACGCCGAAGAUCACCGGAUUAGAUGUAGACGUCGAGGAAGAGUACGUUUACUUUACCAUCGAGGAAUCGGGAACUUUGCACAGGAUACAUGGAUCGAAUAAGAGCGGGGAAUACAUUGCAGAGCUUGGAAAGCCGCGCAAGCUCGCCGUCGAUUGGAUUACGAAGAACGUUUAUUACGUGGACGCGGAUAGUACGGAUAAGUCAAUCAGGGUGUGCAACUUUUUGGAGCAGAAAUGCUCGAAAGUCUUGAACAUCGAUAUGCACAGUCAGGUGACGAGUUUAACGGUGGAUUCAGUUAACAAGUACGUGUUUUACACGCUGACCACAUGGUGGGUUUUCAACAGUCCCAGAUCGAUGGUUUACAAAGCCAAUUUGGAUGGGAGUAAAAUACACGAGCUGGUGAAGAGCUCUUCAGGUUACGUAACAGGAUUGGCCUUUGAUAGCAACAAAAAAUUACUUUACGUCUCCGAUCAGCACACGUCGAGCAUCAGCAGACUGAAGUACGACGGCACCGAGAAAAUCGUCCUCUUCACAAACAUCACGAAACCGAGCAGUUUAAACUUCUUUGAGGAUCACCUAUAUUACAUGACCAGCUUCGGACAUAUGGGGAAAUGUCCAUUAUACGGGAUGCACAGGACGUGCGAGAAUUUCAAGAGCAACGUCUACGGAAGCGAACAUUUCGCGAUCGCACAAAUCUCGAGGCAACCGAAAUCGACGAACGCUUGCGUGGGACAUGUGUGCAGUCAUCUUUGCGUACCGAGCGAUGUUGGUGCACGUUGUCUGUGCGAAUCCGGUAAAGUCGUCACCGAAGGAGAGGAUUGCGAAAAGUCAUCCCGAUCAGCUGAUUUGGAAGACAGGAGGCCCAGAUUUGGAGUACGGAAGUCGUCUGCGAACAAUUUCAAUGGUGCAGAGGAGAAAGGCUCCGGUUCUGUGCUCGUUGGGGUUCUCAUUCCAAUUUUGAUAAUCGUCGUCGCUUUAGCUGUAUACUUUGUGCUGAAGAAACGCAGCAGCGGAAAGUUCGAUGUCAGCAUGCGUUUCCACAAUCCCGUUUAUAGCAUGAACUCGAAUCAACGAUCAGAGAGUCGAGCCAUGUUAACGCCUGGCCAACACGAAUACAGCAAUCCGGUCAAUCAUCAUCAUCAUCAUGAACCAACGAACGACACUUUGCUGGAAAAACCUCUAGUCAGAUUGGAUGAUUAACACUAAAUUUUUCAAUUUUUCUCAAACCAGAAUAUGUAUAUGUUUCCUGUAUUGUUUAUUUAUUGCCUGUUAUUUUACUGUUUGUAAACAAACGUUUCAACCGAGCGUUGAAAUUUUCGCAUGUACUUCAUUAAGUUUUUAAUACCAAAAAAAAAGAAAAGAAUAGAACAUAGAGAGAACUAAUGAAUUACAAACACAAUUUUAAAAAACUUAAAAAAAAAAUAAUGUUAAAGUUUAAAAAAUAUUAAAAA